UCUAGAAGCUCAAUCGUAACAGUCGUUGGUGGUUCAGAUGGUGGAUUGAUAAAUUUUGUGCUUUGCUCAGCAUUUUUUACUCCAAACAUAUGGUUUAAAGAAGUUUUUGAAGCCUGAAACUGUAAUAAGAAUAAAACCAUUAAUACGAAUAUUGUGAUUAGUAGCUUUCUCUCGUAAUAACAAGCGUUUCGUUACAAUAUUAGGUAAUUUUUCUCCGACCGAGAAAACGACCGUUGGAGCCUGUGUUCUUUGUGUUGACAGCCAAUGUAAGAUGGAUCCAUUUACGCAGAAUAUACUGGAUAGAGCUGAAAAACGUGCUGCUGCCCUGGGAAUAACAAAUACGUCUAAAUUUCCUCUGUCGGAAUUUAAUUAUGACACGCCUUCAGGGCCUGCAUCUUCGGUAGUUCCAAAAUCUCCGGCUAAAAAAUCUUCCGGUGUCACGGGAUCAAACACUAAAACGCCGAAGAAAACCUCCAAUACUGCCGUUACCGUUGGUAGUCGCAGUCCAAAUCGUGGUUCAAGCGCUAAAAUUGAAACCGGGGGUUCCGGGAAAGAUGUAGACGUGGCUGUUGAGAUCAAUAUAACCACUGCAUCCAAUGUGCAAGUUGAGGUUGAAGUAGCAGAAUGUGAAGUGGAUGCUAAUGGCAAGGUAACUCGAAAAGUAGACAACAAAUCGGACGAUUCUGAUGCAAAAUGUUUGAUACGAGAUUCUUCUCGCAAUCAACUGCAGCGGUUGGGUACACUGUAUUCGGAAACAAAGGAUCUGUCUUCCCCGGUACAUCGCACAGAAGGACGAUUUCACGAGGAGAAUGUUUCAGGAAAGGAAAAUUCUCGGCCUAGGCCAAAAUUGGCUAAACUUGCAAUGCUUGCGGAUUCUAUUAAUAACUGGGAAGAUGAUCCCUCACAUCCGGACAUAAAACAUCACCGGGAAACACUUCAAGUAGCUAAGCCAGAAACUAGUCCUGGCAAAAAAACGAGCCCCAAGAAAAGGGAAAGUCCUAAAGCUACUGGAGUGGUAACGAGAAAAAAUUCAGCACCCAACCCUCCCAAGUCGAUAUUGAGCCCAGCAAAGCCAUCCGGUACCGACGUGGAAAAAGUUUCGACGAAGACGUUAAAGUGGGAUCAGAAAGUGAUGGAUGCCUUGGAAUCGCAAGGAUUUCAAAGACGAGAAUCAAACACCUCCAAAUUGGUUUAUGAUUACAAAGGACGUUCGAAUCAACCUCAGGAAAAGCAGGAAACUGAAUUAAAUGAAAAGGCAUUGGUUCCGUUAAAGAAAUCUCGUGUUCCAGAAAUUCCCAAUAGUUCUAGAGAACGUGCAGCAACCCAAGAACUGAUGCAACCACCCGCGAAGAAAACCGAAAUCAGUAAAGGACUGGUAUCCGGUAGAGCUGCUAUGUUUGAAAAAUCCAAACGGCAAUCGAUCCUACGCAAUCAGAAAGAUCCGGCAGAAAUGUCACUUAAGGAACGUCUGGCUAUUUUCGAAAAGAACAAAGGACAUGCUCUUGUUCCGAAAUCACCCUUCGGAAUUGCACCCUCAAUCAAACAGAUUUCAGGAGAAUCGUCGUCUAUUCAUACGGUAAAACACACAUCUUCUUGUCUCGCCAUUCAAGGUACUGGCAUCGGAACGGUUCCGAAAGAUCAGCCGGUUUCUCAAAAACAAAAAAUUGAUUCAUAUAACAAACCACCACCGGCCGCUUCAACAGCUACUGGAUCUGCUAUUAAAAACACCUUCGCGGCAUUGAUGUCAAACAAUAGUACUCUAUCGGAAUCACAGAUUUUGGAAGAAACUAAGCGCCAACGGCAGCAAGAAAUGGAUAUGCUACUGAACCGGUUUUCUAAACCCACCGACAUGACUUCAGAUUGUCUCGUAGAAAAACCAAUCCCUUCACCGCCUCCGUUGCCUCCAGAUGGUUAUCUGACUCUGAGCGCUAGAAAAUCGGAUGCAAUGGCAUCAUCGGGAAGUAAACGCCGCAGUGGCGAAGAGCACGUCAGUCCUGAAGUGCGUUCGGCACUUGACGACGUCAAACGCAUCCGAGUAGUAGCUCCUAAAAAUGGACGCCUUUAUCCCACGCUGAGUGACAUCGAAACUGCAACCACGGAAUCGGAAGGUGACGAUUACACAACGGCAACCGUCUCUGGGGAGGAAAAUGAGCGCAAUCAGACUCGUUAUCACGACUGUUACGGCGAGGAAGUAUACGACGAAGAAGUGGACGAAGAACAUUCCGUUGACGAAGACGAUGAUAGCUACAUGUACUCUGACGAGGAUGACCCCGAGCUGGGAGGUGGAAUCUGCGAUGUAAGUUUGGGUCAGGAAAUCAUGCAAGCUGUAAAACUACAAGAUCGUCGUGUGAGCUAUGGCAGACGAAGACAAAGUCAUGAUAGAAAGAUCGAUCAGCCACCUCAGCAGAGUAACAAUCCUCAGCGACGGUCAGGGUUCAGUCAUCAAAGCCAGAACAGCUCAACGAGCGAAGUGUCGGGUAUACUCGAUGAUAUAGACGAGUUUCUCGAUGAAGCACUUGAUGAGGAAAAUGGGGAAGAAUAUGACACACCUCGCAAAUCGUCAGUUUCUUCGAAUAGUUUCUCGUACAAGAAGAAUCCCCGCAAAACAAUGUAUCAUACAAUCAACGAAGACGAUGCUGAAGAAAAAAAGGAUCCGGAAAAACCUUGUCCCAAUCAUCAGCAAAACAUUGGCGAAGAUUACAGUAGCCCGGUUAAAUCGGAAUUGAAAAUUAAUCCAUCCGAUGAUAACAACAUGGUGACACUGGUGCACACAGUUAGUUUCUAUCGCCGCCAACAGAACUCGAACAACCCAACGCCAGUUAAAAAGAUUUUGCGCACUCCAGUGCAACCACAAAAAACGAUUGAAUCUACUACGGAAGAUUCGGAUGAUACAAAUUCUACCGCGACUGGUACCAGCAGUACCUCUUCUUCCGAUGAAAAUGGAUAUCUCGUUCAAGAUAAAGUUAAGAAAUUGUUGGACGAAGUCUGCAAACAGCAGACCGUAAUUGCACAAACAAGCCAAGCAUUAAAUUUAUGUGCAGCUACGAUCGAGUUCUCCGGAUCAAGCGAAUCGGUUGAAGGUGAACGCCAUCUUCUAGUAGCAACUCAUCGUCGCCAGGCAAUUUUAGACGAAGUUCAACGUCUUCGGGUUGAGGGUUGCCUCCGACCACCAGGCGCUCCUACCGAAAAAGGUCGUCUAACGGUCAAAGAAAUUACUCUACCUUUGAAACAGGACUACAUACGGAAACUCGCUUCGGAUACGAUUAGUGGUCAUCAUCUUGUUUGCCUGCUGAAGUAUAAUGAAACCGUACUGGCAACACAGACAAUUCCAACUCUUCCUGGAUUACUUUCGGUUAGAUUCCCGGAUUUGCUUCAACUGAGUAACGUCUUUGCUGAUUUUAAGAUAACUAUGGAAAUUUAUGGCAUGACGGCACAACGGGAAAUACUCCCACACGAGAUCAAAUAUCACAUCGCGUUGAACAAGAAAGGUUCGAACAAACUUCAUACGCCAAAAGGUGUAAAAAACAACUCUCGGUUGAUCAUGCCACCGGUACAGUCCCCCGCUGGCCCACAAGCUGUCCGGAGUCCCGCACUAGUACAGUAUGGUUUUAUUAUUUUCUCACUUAAAGAGAUCCAACGCACCAAUUGGACACUGAAUCAAGUAUCGGGGGUUACCCCUCUCGAAGGCACAGUGCAUAUGAAGGUGAACUGCGAGCUCACUGUUACCGUUGAUUAUCGUGGUUUUCUCACGAUGUUCGAAGACGUUUCUGGAUUCGGAGCAUGGCAUCGACGCUGGUGCCGGCUACAUGGACACGUUCUCAAAUACUGGACAUAUCCAGACGAUGAGAAACGUAAAGCUCCGAUCGGAAGUAUUGAUUUGCAGAAUUGCUGCACUCAACAAGUGGCCGUAGCACCACGAUUGGUGUGCUCUAGGCUAAACACGCUUUUGUUGGAAUUCCGCCGGCCAAUUCAACCUAACGACGUCGAAUCGUUGGUACUUGAAAAACAAGGAAAUAUGGUCAUUCAACGGCAUUUACUAUCGGCAGAUUCUAAAGAAGAACGAGACGAAUGGUGCGCACAUCUGAACAAAACAUUGGCACUAUUAAAGGCAUGGGGACACACCGACAACAAAAGUACGAGUUUCUAACAUCCUUUAAUGGCUUUGGUUGGACUUUGUACAAAUCGAACUUAAGUAGUAUUAUACAACUUUGUUGCAUCUUUUAUAUAUGUUUUCGAGGUAAACGAAUAUUUUAUAUUUGCAUUGAGGAUAAUUUUGCCAAAUAACUAGCAUUUUCACAAUCAGCAGUAUAGUUUUGGUGUUACAGGCCAUUAUGUCCCGUAACUUUUUCUAUUGCUAGUUCGUAUUAUAAUCACUUAUGCCAUUUAUUUCGCAUACUUAAACAAAAUA